AUGGCUUCCGUAACGUCUCUAGACAAAGACUUGCGCAAACUGCGCCUCGACAAGUAUACCCCCGCCGCUGCGAAAGAGGUCAGCAGCUGGAUCGAGAGCAUCAUCGGUGAAAGGCUUUCGGGAGGAGAUUUGCUCGAAAGCCUGAAAGAUGGCGUCGCGCUGUGCAAACUUAUCAAUCUUGCGGUACCACCACCCGGUGUUAAAUUCAAGAAGUCAGCCAUGCCCUUCGUACAGAUGGAGAAUAUCUCCCACUUCCUGCGCGCCUGCAAAGAGCCGCCUUUGAACCUCCAAGAGCAUGACGUCUUUCUCACCGUCGACCUAUACGAGCAAAAGGACCCUGCUCAGGUGCUGCAGUGCCUUGGCGCCUUUAGUCGCGCCGCGCACGCUGCGAAUCCGGCCAAGUUCCCGACGACAAUUGGCGGUAGAAGCCGAGGAGUCAUGAGCCCGCAGGGUACCGGUCGCGGUACACCGUCACCGACUCGAGCUCGCGGCCUGUCGAAUGCUUCAGGAUUUGGCUCACCUCGACCUAAUUUGGCCAGUACCAAAACCGGUGAUUCGGGUUCCGGCCGGUGGAGUCCGACAAAGCCUACUUCUCCAACUACGAGCUGGAGUAAGAAGGAACAUGAAGGAGCUACUUCUCCAGCUUGGAACAUUGCUCAGUAUGGCUACAUGGGCGGCGCUAGCCAGGGAAACCUAGGUAUUUCAUUCGGCAGCCGUAGACAAAUCACUAGUGCCGGUCCCCACGUACCCAGCCUAGCUGAAAAGGAAAAGAAGCGGAGGGAGAGAGAAGCCGAAGAAGAAAAGCAACGCCAACAGAUGGAGGAGGAAGAAAUCCGGAGACAAAAGGCAUUAGAAGAGGAGGAGGCAAGGGCUCGCCAGGAGGAAGAGCUUGCCAUCGAACGGGAAGUUCAGCUACUGAGAGAGGAAAAACUGCGUGCAGCCGAGCAAGAAAAGAAGCAAUGGGAAGAACAAGAACGUCAGUGGAGGCUAAAUGAGGAGAAGCGGCGCAAGGAGGAAGAGGAGGCUGAGGCUCAGCUUGCCGAAGAACGGAAGCGCACACGCAGCCGCAGCGACGCUCGACUUCGUGGUCAAUUCCUUAGCCAGUAUCAGGCGGAAGAAGCUGUUAAGCCUCAAAAGACCGGAGCUGAACGGAUCGCCGAGCUGGAGGCUGAACUCGAAAAGGCCAGGGAACGAGAAAGGCAAUAUGAGCGUGAACGUCAGGGCCGCAGUGGCAGACCAGUUGCUGUCAGCAGUGAUCCUAAAGCUCGGCUUAGGUCUAGAAGCCGCCCAAGCGAUGGGACUCCCAGCCGUCAAGAUUCCUGGUCGAGGAACGAGCGCGAGGUUCUGCAAACGGCAUGGACUGACCACCAAGGGGCACAGCAAGAUGACAAGCCUCCGGCACCUCCACCGAGAUCCCCCAGGCCACUGCCAGAUCCUAUGGCUGCCGCUCCGCCUCCCCAGAAGGUGGUAGCCCAUACGACCGGUGGUCGACCCCUUCCAGACCCUGCCACGUACAAGUCGUCUUCCCAGACCACACAGAACCGGACGGAUCGAUUCCUCGCUAACAACGCCGCACCGGUGCAACCUGUGGCAAAGCAGACCUAUUCUCGCGAGCUGGGUCUUACAGCAGAGCAAGACGGUGAAGAUCGACGUCGUGCCGAGAGCCAAAAUAAGACGAAGGCCGGCGGGUGGGCGUCUAAAUCUCUUCUCGAGCGUGAGAUGGAGAUGGAACGCCAACGCCAACGUGAGUGGGAGGAAGCUCAAGAGGAGACUGCUAAGGCCGUCCCGACUGGUAAUGGUGUUGACGGAAUUGGUGGCGGCAUUGGUGGCCGUUGGGAUGUGAGCCAGUGGGCGGGCUACACUGGGGGAGACAAUCAAAAUCGGGGCAGUCAAGGUAUUGGCGCCAGUCGAAGACAAAUUGUCGGACCUCGGCCUUUGCCCAACACCCCACGAUGA